CCCUCACCUCCAGACGCACUCACACAACACACACACAACACACACACACAUUCGAGUGGAGGGAGAACUGCUGAAGCUGGAGACGGCAAAAAAGAAAGGUGGAGAGAUGUCGGAUCAGCAGGGAGUCCCAGAUCAGCAGGUGGCUGGGAAAAGCCAAGGAGGAGCAGGAGCGAUCUACAAGGUCUCACUGUAUGAAUUCGAGAACUUCCGUGGGAAAAAGCUGGAGCUGUCAGCAGAAUGCAAGGACCUGAUUGAGAAGAACUUGGAGAAAGUGGGAUCAAUCAUAGUUGAGUCCGGCCCAUGGGUGGGCUUUGAGCAGAAGGGCUUUUUGGGAGAGCAGUUUGUCCUGGAGAAGGGAGAAUACCCCCGCUGGAGCACCUGGACCAACAGCCAGAACAGCUUUUGCCUGCUGUCCAUCAGACCCCUACGUGUGGAUAGCGCAGACCACAAACUACAUCUGUUUGAGAACUGCAGCUUCGCCGGGAGAAAGAUGGAAAUCGUGGACGAUGACAUUCCCAGUUUGUGGGUUCAUGGCUUCCAGGAUCGUGUGGCCAGUGCGAAAGCUGUCAACGGAACAUGGGUGGGCUACAUGUACCCUGGCUACCGCGGCCGGCAGUUUGUGUUUGAACAUGGCGACUACAAACACUGGAACGACUGGGGAGCCACAGAACCACAGCUGCAGUCCGUCCGGCGUGUGCGGGAUAUGCAGUGGCACAAACGGGGCUGUUUCACCGUUCCCACCCCCGACCCAGCUCCCAAACCCAACCCAAACCCCAAUCCCAAUCCAAACCCCAAUCCAAACCCAAACCCCAAUCCCAAUCCUGCACCCAAUCCAGCCCCAGCUCCCGCUCCCCCUGCCCCAUCCGCCACAGCUGCCAGCAGCUGAAUAGCUAAUUAUGAUGAUGAUAAUCCCAUGACCCUGCGCCUGCUCAGAGGGCCACGAAGAAAGCUGGAAAGCAAAAGUGACUGCCUUGACUCUUGUGUGUCUAUCAUUGGAAAUAAAGGCCUCGGCCCUGGUUUGAUCUCUGA